UCUAAUUAUCUCAUUAUCUGUUGCAAAAAAAUUUCAUAAUUUUUGGCUAUCAUCAUCAAUACGGUUUGAUUAAUUGCACGUGGUAAUAAAUUAUUCUUAAAUUGAGAUGAGUGGAGUUGACCAUCUCUGGUCUAUGGUAUGACGAAACACCUCUGGCACACUGAAAUUAUACCAAAAAAGGAUAAGCGUUAUUCGAAAGGACGUUAUACAACUUAGUCGAGAUCCACGCAAUAACCAAUGAAACGAAGUCGGCAAUUAUUGACAUAAACCAGGAGUCAUAAUUACUUGUACAAUCAAAGCUUAGCGGUUUGCAACAAAUUGACGAUAAUGAAAGUGUAUUUCGUGAUUAUAGCUAUGGCCUUGUUACGAGAAAGUAGACAUUAGAAACGUGUGAACUAGUAAACGUAUCGCCUUUAGGCAAAAGAACGGUAGCGAGUUCUUUGAAGCCAUGUCACUUCUUUAAAGUGUUCCCACUGAUUGUCAUUUGAUUGUUCCACUCCUUUGUCAUAAUUUUAAUUCCUUACUGCAUGAGCUUUCUGUGUUACUCGAUUUUAUAAGAGCAGACGAAAAUACUGUUUAUGGGAAAAUUGUAUCGAAAACAUUUUCAACAUUAUUCAAAUCUUUAUUGAUUAAAAAAUAUUAAAAUGUGUCAUACAUAACAUGCAGCAUAGUCACAAGAAAUAAAUGAAAGUUCGGUUUGUGACAUGUAUGACCCGCUAUGCGGUAAGGGGUUAAUUGUCCCAAGUUUGCACAUCGUACGAACAAAUUCCCCUUCGUAUUCUAAAACCGCACGAGAUGAUAAACAGAGUCGGCUGACUCAUCGCUCUUUGAACAUGUGCUGAAAAGUGGUCCGGAAACCGCGCGAUACGUAGAUGGAAAUAAUGUUGAUGGAAAAAAUAGGUUAUGCGGCGGUCAUUUACUGGGGAUACAAAUUCUCUCGCAACACUCUAUACAAAAUCUACAAUAACUUCUUUUCCACCGCGUGCGUGGAUCUGUAUUCGAUGGGUAAAUGGGCAGUAGUCACAGGAUGUUCCCACGGAAUAGGAAGAGCGUACGUCGAGGCUCUGGCAAGAAUGGGGUUAAACAUCAUUCUCGUCAGUCCUGAUACGGAAAACUUGAAGGCGAUUGCUGGUAAUAUAGAGUCGAUGUACAAUGUGAAAACGAAAGUGAUCAAGCUGGACUUAUCCGAAGGCCUGGAAACGUAUAACGCUAUCGAGAAGGAGAUGUUUGGUUUGGAAAUAGGGGUGCUGAUCAACAACCUGGGUAUGUCGUACCCGCAUCCGGAAUAUUUUCUGAAUCUUCCUCACAAAGAGAAGAUCUACAUGAGCAUCAUACACUGCAACGUGGUAGUUGUCACGAACAUGUGUCGCAUUUUAUUGCCACAAAUGGUGGUCAGAGGGAAAGGAGUGAUCGUGAACGUUGCCUCGAUGGUGGCCGUAUUGCCGAGUCCUCUCCUAACCGUAUUCGCAGCCACGAAGGCGUACAUAGUUAAAUUCAGCAAGGACUUACAAAUUGAAUAUGCUAAACAUGGUAUAAAAAUGGAUGAUAAUCGACAUUAUAAUAAUCCAUUUGAAGAUUAUUCUAAUUCUUCUUCGAAAUCCUUUGUGAAUGUUGCUACGAAUGAGAUUAACGAAAAUUAUAAAGAAACGCUUCGAGUGCAUACGAAGAGAUUAUUAGACCGGCUAAAGGAAAAAAAACAUCAUUGGACAUAUAAUGAUGAUUGUUCUGUAUAUACUGGAACUGCAGGGAUCGCAUACAUGUUUUUUCAAUAUGGGAAGUGUUUUAAUGAACCAGCUUAUAUCGAUGAAGCAACAGAGUUAUUACGAAUAUGUGUAAGUAAAUUCAGAGGCAAAAGAGAAGUUACAUUCUUAACUGGUAUUGUGGGGCCAAUAGCUCUGAGUGCAGUAAUUCUUAAUGCACAAGGCAACAGGGAUGAAGCUCAUAAUAUGAUUUCAAAAAUCAAGUCACUGUCUACAUACGUUUUGGAUGAAUGUAGUGAUUUGCCCGAUGAAUUACUUUAUGGGAGGGCUGGAUAUUUAUUCUCCCUCCUAUUUAUAAAUUCAAAUAUAUCUCCCCAUCCUAUAGAAGAUGAACUUAUCAAACAGGUUAUUGCACUCAUAAUUAAAUCUGGAAAUGUAUAUUCUGCUUCAAGAAAAUUUAAAUCACCCUUAAUGUAUGCUUGGCAUGAUUCAGAGUACAUUGGUGGUGCCCAUGGUUUGGCUGGAAUACUAUACAUGCUCUUACAGGCACGGCAGUAUUUAACAGAGAGUCAACUGACAAGAGAUAUAAAACCAGCACUGGAUUUUCUUCAAAACUUACGGUAUCCUUCUGGAAAUUUCCCAUCCUCUAUUGGAAGUCACACAGAUAAACUGGUGCAUUGGUGCCAUGGUGCACCUGGAAUGCCUAUGUUAUUUUCUUUGGCUUAUGAGAUAUUUCAAGAUAAUCAGUACUUAAACACAGCUCUACAAUGUGGAGAAGUAGUUUGGGCAAGAGGUCUGCUUAAAAAAGGAUAUGGAAUAUGUCACGGAGUAGCUGGAAAUGCUUAUACAUUUUUAUCUCUCUUCCAACAGACAAAGGAUAUAAAACAUCUGUACAGAGCUGCUAGGUUUGCAGAGUGGUGUAUGGAUUAUGGAAAAAAUCAAGUUAGAUCCCCUGAUAGACCAUUUUCAUUAUUCGAAGGUCUUGCUGGAACCAUUUACUUUUUGAUCGAUAUGCAACAUCCGGCCACGGCAAAAUUCCCGGCAUAUACUGUUUAAACUGGUUAAACUUUAAAGAAUAUCGUUUUCCAUAAAUGUCCAGUUAAAAUAAAAUUAAAUCUGUUAUCGUACAUAACUCCAUUUCCCUAUUAUGUAUUUACGAAUUACGUAUUUAUCUUUAUGACAUGCAAAUCGUGUAUAUUUUAUUUAUGCACAAUAAAUUUGAAACACUCCAUAUCCGUAAGUGGUGUUUGUUUAUAUAA